GCCCGGCCCCGCCGUCUGAGCCUUCCGAGGGAGGUUUAGGUUGGAUGCGAGGGAAAGUUCCUCUGCGGAAAGGGCUGCCCAGGUCAGAGCCAACAUGUCUCGAGAGACUGGAAGUGAAACACAGCAGUCACAGAGUGCCCAGCAGUCACAGAGCGGUACCAGUUCCUCUUCCAGCGGGUCACAGAGCACUAGUCAGUCCUCCUUAAGUUCUGGGACUCUCAGUUCCUUGGACACUGUUCCCACUCAGGAGCUUCCGUCCAUCCCUGAGGACCAGGAAUCUGAAGAGCUGGUUCCUCAGCCUUGGGGUCGUCUCUUUGCACUUGGAAAAGGUUUCAUCAAUUGUGACUGUGUGAAUGAGGAAUAUUGGUUUGGGAGAGACAAAAGCUGUGAUUACAGUUUUUCUAAGCUGGGAUUGUCUGAGACUGGUUUCUACCAAAACUACAGCAAGAAGCACUUCCGAAUUUUCAGAGAAAUGGGUCCAAAAAAUUCCUUUGUUGCCUACAUUGAAGACCAUAGUGCAAAUGGGACAUUUGUUAAUAGAGAGCUCGUUGGAAAAGGGAAGAGGCUGCCACUGACACACAACUCUGAAAUCUCACUGUCUAUACAGACCAAUAAGGUGUUUGUAUUUUCUGAUCUUACAGUGGAUGAUCAGAUGAUGUUUCCUAAGGAAUUCAGAGAGAAAUACAUCAUGUCAAAGACUUUGGGAAGUGGUGCCUGUGGAGAAGUCAAACUGGCAUUUGAGAAGAGCACGUGUAACAAAGUCGCAGUGAAAAUCAUCAAUAAACGGAACUUUGUGGCCAGUGGUCUGGCAGAAGCAAACCCAGCUUUAAAUAUCAAUACAGAAAUUGAAAUUUUGAAGAAAAUAGAUCAUCCUUGUUUAAUCAAGAUUAAAAAUUUCUUUGAAGCAGAGGAUUACUACAUUGUUUUGGAACUGAUGGAAGGAGGAGAAUUGUAUGACAGAGUGUCAAGGCCAAUCAAGAUGAAAGAAGACAUCUGCAAGUUGUACUUUUAUCAGAUGCUGCUGGCAGUAAAGUAUCUUCAUGACAAUGGAAUUAUACACCGAGAUCUAAAGCCAGAAAAUGUACUUCUUUCAUCUUCUGAAGAGAUAUGCCUUGUAAAGAUUACAGAUUUUGGACAAUCCAAGAUUCUUGGAGAAGCUUCUCUUAUGAAAACAUUAUGUGGUACUCCCAUGUAUCUUGCUCCUGAGGUUCUAAAUUCACUUGGGACUGCUGGAUACAGCCGAGCUGUGGACUGCUGGAGUUUAGGAGUUAUUCUUUUUGUAUGCUUGUGUGGAUAUCCACCAUUCAAUGAGCAAAAUACUCAACUCUCUCUGAAAGACCAAAUCACUCAAGGCAAAUACACGUUCAUUGCAAAAGAAUGGAAGCAUGUGUCAGACACGGCACUGGAUCUUGUGAAGAAGCUGCUAGUAGUGGAUCCAAGCAAACGUCUUACCACAGAGGAAGCCUUAGAGCAUCCUUGGCUUCAGGAUGAGGAUAUGAAAACUACAUUUCAACAGCUGCUUGCUCAGACAUGUAGCAAUAUGAAUCCACCAGAAACAUCAAAAAUGCCAACCACAACGAGAAAGCGUCUCCAUGAAAAUGAGGAAGAAUAUGGCUCUGCUAAACGUGCUGUUCCUUCUACAUCUCAGAAAAUGAGGUGAAAAGGAAGAAAAAAAUCACUUUGUUAAUAGAAGCU